UUUUUUAUCCCCUCCCCGUAUUGAAGCAUAGAAAGGUCGGUCAGCAGUCAGAAAGUGAUGCGCAGAAAAAGACACGAGACUCCAUGAAUCCAACAAGAUUUGAAUGGCUGCUUUUACCCUUUUUUUCCUUUAAUUUAAUGAAUCUAUACAUCACCAACAGUUAACACGGCACCUCCAUUAAAGAUCUCAAGUUUUCCACCAACAUCCUUCUCAUCUCCUCUGCAGGUCAGCCAGUGAGCCAGCCGUCCUCUCUCAUCUUCUCUGCAUUUGCAGCUUGUGUCAUCUUGGAGAAAUUGUGGAAACAUUUCCUCCUUUCAGAUCAAAAGGGAUAUAUAGAUCUUUAGCAUGAUCUUCAUCUUAUCAAUCUUUCAAAAUUCAACAACUUAUCAGCGAUUUUGAUGGGUUGCAUUUGUUCCUCUGGCGUUAAGCAUAGCCCUGGGUAUGAAGAUCCUGCUCUUCUCGCUAAUGAAACCCCAUUCACUGUGAGUGAAGUUGAGGCGUUGUAUGAGCUUUUCAAGAAGCUGAGCAGCUCCAUUAUUGAUGAUGGCCUCAUUCACAAGGAAGAAUUCCAGCUGGCACUCUUCAGGAACAGAAACAUGCGAAAUCUCUUUGCAGACAGGAUAUUUGAUCUGUUUGAUGUGAAACGUAAUGGAGUUAUUGAGUGUGGAGAAUUUGUUCGAUCACUAAGUGUUUUUCAUCCAAAUGCACCGAUUGAAGAUAAAAUCGAAUUUGCUUUCAGGCUAUAUGAUCUUAGACGUACUGGUUUUAUUGAAAGAGAAGAGUUAAAGGAGAUGGUAAUAGCACUGUUACAUGAAUCCGAUUUGGUGCUUUCUGAAGAAGUUAUUGAAAUGAUAGUGGAUAAAACAUUUAGUGAUGCAGAUAUUAAAGGGGAUGGAAAGAUAGAUGAAGAUGAAUGGAAGCAAUUUGUAGCAAAAAAUCCAUCUCUUAUAAAAAACAUGACCCUCCCGUACUUGAAGGACAUAACUUUGGCAUUCCCGAGUUUUGUUUUGAGCUCUGAAGUUGAAGACUCAGAAGUAUAACAAAUAGAAUAGAGAAAAUAUGAAUUUUAUCAAAAUUUGACAUGAUUGGAGACUUGGGUGUCACAAGUGGAACUACCUUUUUAAGGGAGCUGGAUUCGUUGGCCAAGAAGGGCAAAAGGGGAAUUUUUUAUGGUUCGGCUGCCAUGGAGGUUGAAGGAGAUUUGAGGUUGUUGUACAGAGGGACAAAAAUAGCAAAUGCUCUAUAUGCAAUAAGUUGCAUUUGUGUUAUUCAACUGUUGAGUUUAAGUAUCUUGUUUUGUUCUCUGCUGUUGAACGAGAGAGUUUAAAGUGUUGAUAAACUGUGAUUUUGUUUUCGCUUGGGGAUGAAAAACUGAGUUGGUUUCACUUGAAAUAUGUUUGGAUUUUGUUUCUUGUUUAUGUUCUUUUGUUAAGAGUUUUUGAAUUUGAAAAGGGUACCAAAAGAAAGUUUACAGGGUUUAAUGUAGCCAUAAUGGAAGUUUACAAUGGUUCUCUACAGGUUUUUUCAGUUCUCUUUGUAACCGGU